UUUUCUUUUUUAAAAACUCUUGAAAUCACCAUAUCCCACCUGCAAUAGAAAAAGAAAACUGAAAAACCCACUUUCAGAAAAAUCAACUUUCUUUCAACACCGACCGCAAUCUCCAACGGUCAAAAUCCUUAUCCCAAAACCUCAUCCAAAACACCCUCCUUCCCUCUCUCUCCCACCUCACAUUUCCCUCCUCCUCUGCUCCACACCAAUAGAACCCCCAUUACCCAUCUUCUCUCUCAUCUCUCCUCCAUUGCCACUGAUUUGCAGGAAAAAAAAAAAAACUACUGCCCAAAAAACGCUCCCAUGGCCUGUGCAAACGUAACAAUGCGGCUCUACUCAAACUUCAACCCAUUCCAACUCCCAACCAAACACCCAUCAUCACCCCACUCCAACAAUUCUCCCUCCUACAAACCUUUCCAAAUCACCUGCAGCCUCCGCGACCUCCGUGUGCGCAUAGACUCCGUCAAGAACACCCAGAAGAUCACCGAGGCCAUGAAGCUCGUCGCGGCGGCCAAAGUCAGGAGAGCCCAGGAAGCCGUCGUCAACGGCCGGCCGUUCUCCGAAACCCUUGUGGAAGUCCUUUACAGCAUCAACGAGCAGAUCCAAACGGAAGACGUUGACGUCCCUCUCACCAAAGUCAGGCCUGUCAAGAAAGUUGCUCUUGUCGUCGUCACGGGCGAUCGGGGCCUUUGUGGUGCGUUCAAUAACCAAGUGCUGAAAAAGGCCGAAGCACGGAUAGCUGACUUGAAAGGCCUUGGUUUAGAGUACACUGUCAUCAGUGUUGGCAAAAAGGGUAAUGGGUAUUUCCAAAGAAGGCCUUAUAUUCCUGUGGACAGGUAUCUCGAAGGUGGUAACCUGCCUACUGCUAAAGAAGCUCAAACCAUAGCCGAUGAUGUUUUUUCGCUGUUCGUUAGUGAAGAGGUUGAUAAAGUGGAGCUUCUGUACACGAAAUUCGUCUCGUUGCUCCGGUCGGAUCCCGUGAUCCACACGCUGCUUCCCCUCUCGCCGAAAGGGGAGAUUUGCGACAUCAACGGGACGUGCGUGGAUGCUGCGGAGGACGAGUUCUUUCGGUUGACGACGAAGGAAGGGAAGCUGACGGUGGAGAGGGACAUCGUGAGGGCGCAAACGGAGGACUUUUCGCCGAUUCUGCAGUUCGAGCAGGACCCGGUUCAGAUUCUCGAUGCGUUGCUGCCGUUGUAUUUGAACAGCCAGAUUUUGAGGGCGCUGCAGGAGUCACUGGCUAGUGAGCUGGCGGCCCGGAUGACCGCGAUGAGUAGUGCUUCGGAUAACGCAGAUGAGCUGAAGAAGUCGCUUUCGAUGCUUUACAAUAGGGAGCGGCAGGCGAAGAUUACCGGAGAGAUGUUGGAGAUUGUUGCCGGAGCCGCUGCUAUGGGGAGCUAAAAAGGGGUGGUUGAAAAUGUUUCUUUCUUCUAUCGUUUCUUGCUCUCUGUGAUUAAGGUGCUUUUUUUUUCUUUUUUCUGGGUAUUUCCUUGUUCCCUGAACUAUGCUAUGCUAUGCAGAGUUGAUACAAUUUACUUGUAAUAUUUGUAUAAUGUGUGCAAAUUUUGUGCACAAUGACAACCCCAUAAUGUGUUUUUUGGAACACAUGGGCAUCCCAUUUCCUUUGGUAUGCUUACCCUUUUUCCCCCAUCACAUAUAUUUAUGAUACAUGUAUUACUGGAGUUCUUACCUCCAUUGAGAAUC